AUGGACCGGUACGUGCUGGCCAGACUUGAGGAGGCCCAACGCGGGCUCUGGGAGUACUUCCGGUCCUGCAACGACCAAGCCCUCGCGAGCCCGGACCUGCGGAUGAUGGUCAACAUCCACGAGUGGAUAAUGGAGGCUCCGGUCCAGAGGCCGCAGGAUGACUUCACCGUCAACCUGGGCCCCCCGCCUGCCACUGAGCUGGGCCGUAGGCCCGGAUCCGCCGCACAUGGCACCCGGUUCGGGGUGCCACUCUCCCUACUCCAAGCCCACUUCAGGCGCCGGUACGGCACCAACUGGGUGGAGGGGUUCCUGCAGGGCCGGGUAGUCAACUACCCUCCCGGGACUCCCAACGUCCAAGUCCCCUUCCGGCAGUACCCGAUCCCGACGACCGGGACCCUGGUGGAGCCACCGGUGAGCCGAGAGGAGAAGCCAAUCCUGGCCAAGGCGGCACUGGCGCACAAGAAACGUCCCAGAGACAUCCCGGGUCUGCGGGUGCUGACGCGAGACGAGUGGGAGGAUGAGCCGGACGGGGCUGACCUCAUACGCGUGCGGAGCCUCAUCGACAGGAGGUCACCUACUCCCCCGCCCGGAACAGGCGUUGUGGAAACGGAGGAAAGCGAAGGGCCAGGAGAGGUGGACGAGCGCGGCGUCAAGAGGCCCGCGACGGCCGUGGAAGGAGUGCCCACGGACCGUGUCAGCAAAGUCGCCAAAGGGAGCGAGGAAGCUGCGGGGGCCACCGGAGGAGGGGCCGCUAAGGACGCCGGAGCGCGUCGCGAGAAGGAGCGGGCCAAGAAGAGCACCGCAGAGGGUGCGUCGGUUGCCGCGGCGCAGACUGCUGUAAUCGGGGAACGGGAGCUUCCCACCCGCCUUGAAGCAACUACGACUUCGACACCGCCACCGGUGGGCGCGGCAGCUUCGACCGGGGUAACAUCGGCGGGGGUGGAAACAUGCACCACCCCGGUGCUGCCGCCAGUGACACUGGCGGCAACAGGCCCAUCGGCCGCAGAGGCGGCAGCCAACGCCGCCCGGGCGGAGGAGGUGGCGGCGAUGAGGGAGCUCAUGGUGGACGAAGUGGAGGGGGAGGUCAACGACCUGGAGAAAGCACUGGACACCUACGUCCAGAUGACCACGGGGGAGAGGGAGGACGUCCUCGGGAUCCGGCUGUACAUGCAGAUCCUCCACCUGGCGCAGUGGCGCGAAGUGGAGAUUGUGCGUGCUGGGGUUGAAAAGGACCCCAUCCCCCGACGCCUGCGGGCGGGUCGACCCCCACUGUCCCCUGCCGUCCUGCAGAACAUGGAAAACUACGCCGCCCUGACCCCUAUCCAGCGGAUGAUCCCAAUGGGGUCUAACCUUUUCGGGGCCAUCGUCCAGGGCCGGGCAGCAGAAGUCUAUGCCUUCAGAUCCAGGAGGCCUGCACAGCCACUCCCCUCAGCCACGGGCCAGAAGCGGAGGGCGGAAACCUCUCCGGAGGAGGGCGUGCGGGCAAAGAAGGUAGCCGAAACCGGAGCUGAGAAGAAGGGGGGGAAGCCCCCGGUGCCCGGGACUGUAACCUCGUCUUCCCUUACCGGGGCCGCCGAAGCCAAAAAGGGUCCAGCAGCAGCCACCGGACCGGAGGCAGCAGCUGGAGGGGGGGAGAGGUUGGGGCAGGUGAACACCCCAGCCCCCGGUGCCGGGGAGGAGGUGGGAGGAGAAGCAAUCCCGGAACCCCAGUCCCCAAACUUCGGGAGAAGGAGAGCUGAGGGGCUCGAGGAUUGCGCGGAGGACGUGCUGGCCCUCAAGCUUAGGGGAGAAGACCCCACAGCCAAAGCCGCGAUGGACGAGGCCGGGUACCCGCCCUUUGAGAUGAGCGAAGAGGAGCAGCUCCGGUUGGUCUCAACGUUGGCGGCAUCGGGUACCCCGAGGCAGCGGGAGGUGUCGAGGACCCGCAAGGGCCUCAAGAGAAUGGCUGCCAAUAAGGUGUUCCAGUUCCGCAUGGAGAAGUAUCGGAAGAGGCCCCCAAAAGACCGUCCUGUGUGGUACAUUGAUGCUGACGACAUCCUUGAGGCGCCGCGCCUGCGCGUCAUGCUGGACGAGAUCGGGGCCCCGCAGUUGCCUGGAGCCCGGGUCGAAAUU